CGCAGAGCCGCAGAUAAUAUCUAAACCGGAUUCAAAUUCAAAUCAACCUCCGGUUAUCUAAUUUGAUUCCGUGUACUAUUAUUUCUCUCCCAUAUCUCUCGGCGCCGUUGUAUCGGACGAUAGAAAUCAAAAUUGAAAGGCGACGGCCGGCGAGAGUUUUGGGUUUAAAGCGAUGUCGGUUUAUUCUCUCGUACUUCCAUCUCCACCUUCCUCCUUCUCCGCAAAGCUUAAACCUUUCAAUGGCUACGGAAGACUCCAUCGUCAUCUCGUCCGUGCUUCUUCCGAUGUUCCCGAUUUCCUCUCUGCUGAUUGGUUGGAGAGUCGUAGGAAACGACCUUUUGGUCCAAGACUUGAUUUUAGUGCUGAAGAUGCUGUUAGACAUCAGCUUGAUGCAUUGAAGUAUAAUGGACAUCCUCGUGAUGAUUAUGGCAUUGAAGUCAUGUAUCGGUUUGCUGGUUUCGAUCCGUUUGAGAGAUCUACAUAUUUUGGUCCUUUCUUUGAUCUUGGACAGUUUGAAAGGUUUAGGCGUAUUUUUCAUCACUCGUCUUACCGUGUGUUGCUUGGUCACAAGGACAGAAAGAUCUUAAGCAGUUUGUUCGUCGAGGAGAAUCGUUUCAAGCAGAGGAUUUGGGUUCAGGGAACUCGACCUGAGGAAGAAGAGAUAUUUGAAUUCACAAUGUUCCAGCGUAUAGGCGGUUCAUGGGAUGGUUAUUGGUUGACGGAAAGCUUGCUUCAUGACGGAGAUGUAUUUUCAGGAGGGAUGGCUUACUGAUUCAAAAGCUGAGCUUCAUCUCUUUUUCGGGCUAUCAAUUUGUUCUGUCUGAUUAUAUGCGUAAGAAUGUGUGUUACUGUCGUGUAUGUUAUAUGUUAAUAUUAGACAUGAUUAGAAUUAGAUGUUGCUGUGUAGGAAACAAUACAUAGUAUAGCUUCUUAUGAAUGCAAGUUGUAUAUUUACGAAACCCACCUUUUUGUAAUGGCCAAUGUGUUCUUUAAAGGCU